GCAUCUCUGAAGAAGAGAUCUAGCGUGCACUUUGCAAAGAGAAAAUGGAUGAAGUUGUGGAAAUAAGCUCAACUUCAACAACACCAAGACAGCCUGCCUCUGUUUCAUCCCCGCCAAUCUCAGCUCCUCCCUCACAGAUUCACUCCCCAUCUCUGACUCGUUCGCCACUCCUUUCCACCGAAGACCUUGCACAAACUGAAAUCACAAACAAAACCCCGAAAUCCUCAACCCCAAAAGCCUUUCGAACUCCACGAUUUACUCCUUUGGGGAGCCCAAUCAGGAGGGCUCUCCACCUCACAAGGCUCGACCCUCGAGAUGCUUGGCUCCCACUCACCGAGUCCAGAAACGGGAAUGCAUACUACGCUGCCUUCCACACUCUAUGUUCUGGAAUAGGGAUUCAAGCCUUAGUGCUUCCUGUUGCUCUCACCAUUCUAGGGUGGACAUGGGGAAUCAUAACCUUGUCUUUAGCAUUCAUAUGGCAACUUUACACCCUCUACUUGCUGGUGGAACUACAUGAAUCAACUAAAACCGGCCUGCGCUACAGCAGAUACAUGCAACUUUGCAGUGCAGCUUUUGGGGACAGGCUAGCGGUGUUGUUAGCAGGAUUUCCAAUCCUGGAUCUAUCAGGAGGAACAUGCGUUGCCCUGAUCAUCAUCGGAGGCUCCACAUCAAAGAUGUUCUACGAUAUUGUCUGUGGGGCCACGUGCGCAGCACAUCAGCCACUGACAACAGUCGAGUGGUUCUUGGUGUUUACAACCGCCGCAGUUGUGUUGUCUCAGCUACCAAACUUGAACUCCAUUGCUGGGGUGUCAUUGAUAGGUGCAAUCACCGCUAUCGGGUAUUGCACUCUGAUAUGGGUGGUGUCAGUCGCCGAGGGAAGGCUUCCCGGUGUCUCUUACAAGCCAGUGAAAGAAAAUACGCAAAUUGCUCAGGUUUUUGGUGUCCUAAACGCACUUGGGAUCGUUUCUUUUGCCUUCAGAGGCCAUAAUCUCAUUCUUGAGAUACAGGGCACCAUGCCUUCAAGCGAAAAGCAUCCAUCACGGGUCCCGAUGAGGAAGGGAGUCACAUUAGCAUAUAUACUUGUAGCAAUGUGCAUAUUCCCCAUCACAAUAGGAGGUUAUUGGGCAUAUGGUCAAAUGAUACCACCAAAUGGGGGCAUGCUAACAGCCUUGUACGCAUUCCAUGCAAGAGAUACCUCGCGAUUUAUACUUGGAUUAACGAGCUUAUUCGUUAUAAUUAGUUCUUUGUGCUCGUUCCAAAUCUAUGGCAUGACCCUUUUCGAUAUGAUGGAGUCACGGUAUGUUAAGUGGAGGAAGCAGCCGUGCCCGUGGUGGCUUCGGGCAGGCUUCCGAGCAAAUGUUGGAUACUUGUGCUUCCUUGUAGCGGUGGCAGUGCCGUUCUUGAGCACAAUAGCGGGCCUAGUCGGAGGGAUCGCAUUGCCAGUAACUUUAGCUUAUCCAUGUUUUAUGUGGGUCAAGAUUAAGAAGCCGAAGAUGUACAGCCUCAUGUGGUGCCUUAAUUGGGGAUUAGGUAUCCUCGGGAUGACUCUAAGCGGGUUUCUGACAGCAGCCGGAAUAUAUGUUAUAAUCGAAACCGGAAUUAAAGUGCAGUUCUUCAAGCCUUGAUAUAGUGUAAGGAAUAAAGGCCUUGGUUGAUUUUAUGUUCAAGACUUAUUCAUGUGUAGCAUACGUGUUUGUGUAAUUUUGUUUUCCUACACAGUAUUCCUGCAAAAAUGAUUUCACAAGUCACCAAAAAUGAUUUCACAAGUCA